GACCCUUCAAACCACCACCACCACCAAUCCCCCAAUGGCCUCGCCAAUACCCUCGCCUGGCGCGCUACGCGUUCUCCGGAGCUCUGUAAACCCAAAAUUGCACUGUCAAACGCAAAUCCGCCAUGCCUCGCUGCUGCGCCGCCCCAAACGACCCUAUACCUUCACCCAACUAGUGACGCUGUCCGACGGCUCCUCCUUCGUCCACCGCACCACGAACCCAAUCCCCGUCUACAAGUCUACAAAAGACGUGCGCAACACGCCACUGUGGAACCCAAGCUCGCAAAAGCUGCUGAAUAUUGAAGAGGAUGAGGCCGGGCGCCUGAAGGCCUUCCGCGCAAAGUUUGGGCGCGGCUGGGAUGCGGAGGUACCGGAUGAGUCGACCGAGACGCCAGAGGGGCAGCCUGAGGCCCAGCGAGAGGACAGCUUAAUGGACCUCAUAAGUGGUUAUUCGAGAGAAGCAGAGAAGAAGUCAGGAACCAAGGGUACCAAGGAGCCCGCUGUGCCUAGUGGAAAGGGCAAAGGCGGGCAAAAAUAGGACCCUGGCAGAUGAAUUGGUCCUUUGAGGGACUUUCUCCGCUGGAAGACUAACUCGACUGCUUUCGUCCAGACGUACGCCUCGUAAUAAUACAAUGUUGGCGGAUGCGGAGAAAAAUCUAGCCAUCCAAGCCAGUUCGGAAGCGACUAUUAGGUUCUCGAAUACCAAGCCAGUCAGGCCCGACGCAUGUAUCAGUUCUCGAUGUAUAAUAUUGUAUCGUAUCGAGUGAGCAUUUAUUGCACAUGAGCGUGUGUGUGCCAAGUCAAAGUUCAAAGCUUCUUAUCAUUUCCAUUUGGUAUAGCCACAAGGCGACUUGCCGUGCGUUUAAGGUUCGAAUGCAAUCUGUACGUAGCAGUGAUAUAUGAGUACAAGAUAGUACAUUAUAUGGUAUCUCAACAGUCUCUC